CUAUAUAAAUUUAUUUUUUUGUCAUAUUGGGAGCCUUUCGAAGAUGUUAAGAAAAAAAUUAUUUUGAAUAUGCGAAUAGUGUUUAACAAAACGAAAAAUGGAAAGCUUGUGUCGAUACAUUUUCGAAUAAAAAGUGAGACUUCAUAGCCAAUAGCGCAAAGGUUUUUUGGUUCAAAAAAUGGUUCGAUUACCAGAGGAUUGUGAUUAACAGUGAAAGUUUAUACCUGCGGAAAAAACGGAAUAUAAAACAAAGCUUGUUUUUGACUGCGUAACUUUAUGCGAACUGCAUUAAAUACGGGCCAUUAAGUAUGGUGUGGCUGUUGCUAAAAUUACUACACUUUCCUAGACAUAACGGUGACAACGAAUAGCUGUAUAUUUCUUCUACUUAUUUCCUUCUUUAAUUUGUUACUGCCAUUUUAUAAUACUCAAUGCUAAACGUAGCUUUUUUGUUAUUUGGUAGUCGUUUAUUAUUUGUGAGAGCUGGUUGCAAUUUAGCUCUAUUUACGUCAUUAUAUUGAGCGGAAAGUGAACGGAAUUGCGAACGAUCGCACCAUCGCCAACAGUUGGUCUACGCACCACCGGUACCAUACCACUGCCGCUACAAGCGAUUGGCCAAAAACUUGUUAAGCUGUUACUUUUAUUGUAACUGAUUUUUUUUUUUUUUUGGUGAUAAAUAUAUUUUUUGUGUAUAUUUUGUAAUCAAUAUUUCUACUGAAUACGUGUAAAUACUUGUUUUUCAAAAUAGUGUACAGCAAAUAGUGUAAAAGUGAAGUGGAGCUACGGGUUAGAAACUACAGUUAAUCAAUUUAGUUCUAAAAACGGAUAACGCCAGCUAACAACAAAAUGGGACUUUUAAUUUCAAAAUUAUGGAGCAUGUUUGGCAAUGAAGAGCACAAAUUAGUGAUGGUUGGCUUGGAUAAUGCUGGCAAAACCACAAUACUCUAUCAAUUCCUUAUGAAUGAAGUCGUACACACCAGCCCCACAAUCGGCUCCAACGUGGAGGAGGUGGUGUGGCGGAAUAUACACUUUCUGGUGUGGGACCUGGGCGGACAGCAGAGUUUGCGCGCCGCCUGGAGCACUUAUUAUACAAACACAGAGUUUAUUAUUAUGGUCAUCGAUUCGACGGAUCGCGAACGCUUGGCUGUUACGCGCGAGGAACUGUAUCGUAUGCUGCAGCAUGAAGACCUCUGCAAAGCCAGUCUAUUAGUUUAUGCAAAUAAACAGGAUCUCAAGGGUGCUAUGUCAGCCGCGGAAAUUUCACGUCAAUUGGAUUUAACCUCGAUUAAGAAACAUCAAUGGCAUAUACAGGCGUGUUGCGCGCUCACCGGCGAGGGGCUUUAUCAGGGGCUCGAAUGGAUCGUGCAGCGCAUCAAAAAGAAAUGACAGACGUCAAAUAUGGACUGCGAUAGUAUAUAGCUAAUUAAAUAAUACAAUUUUAUAUAUGUAUGUAUGUAUGUAAAGAAUCUUUAUGAUAACAAAAUGUAAAAAAAAAUUA